AGUCCGGUGCUCGCUCCAGCGGCGGCCACCCGCACGGUAGCUGGCGCAGAGCAGCUCCGGCGGACCGGACGGGGCGGGCGUCCGGCAGGCAGCGCGAUACCUUCCACCGCGCGCAGCCCACAAGGGACUUCCAGGCGAGUCUGGAGUCGUGGCCGUGAGCCCAUUCUGCCCUCGGUGAGACAGCACUCUUUGCUGCCCAGUCACCAUCCAGGAAGAUGAGCGCCUGUGGGAGGAAGGCCCUGACCCUGCUGAGUAGUGUCUUUGCCGUCUGCGGCCUGGGCCUGCUGGGCAUUGCCGUCAGCACGGACUACUGGCUAUACCUGGAAGAAGGCAUAAUUCUUCCCCAGAAUCAGAGCACGGAGGUCAAGAUGUCCCUGCACUCGGGCCUCUGGCGGGUCUGCUUCCUCGCUGGUGAGGAGCGAGGACGCUGUUUCACCAUCGAGUAUGUGAUGCCCAUGAACUCCCAGAUGACGUCAGAAUCCACAGUCAAUGUUCUAAAAAUGAUUCGUUCGGCCACGCCCUUCCCGCUGGUCAGCCUCUUCUUCAUGUUCAUCGGCUUCAUUCUGAGCAACAUCGGACAUAUCCGUCCCCACCGGACCAUACUGGCCUUUGUCUCUGGCAUCUUCUUUAUCCUCUCCGGCCUCUCUCUUGUGGUGGGCCUGGUGCUGUAUAUCUCCAGCAUCAAUGAUGAGAUGCUCAACAGAACCAAGGAUUCAGAGACCUAUUUCAACUACAAAUAUGGAUGGUCAUUUGCUUUUGCUGCCAUCUCCUUCCUUUUAACAGAGAGUGCUGGGGUGAUGUCUGUGUACCUGUUCAUGAAGAGGUAUACAGCUGAGGACAUGUAUAGACCUCACCCAGGCUUCUACCGGCCACGUUUGAGCAACUGCUCCGACUACUCCGGCCAGUUUCUACAUCCAGAUGCCUGGAUCCGGGGCCGCAGCCCCUCCGACAUCUCCAGCGAUGCCUCCCUACAGAUGAACAGCAACUACCCAGCUUUGCUCAAGUGCCCAGACUACGACCAGAUGUCAUCAUCUCCCUGCUGAGUCAGCCCUAGCCUUCUCCUCACCUGAACUUUGGAUGGCUGGACAGCGUUUCCCUCUCCCCCUGAGCCGAGGCCCAGGCUGUUCCCUGCUUAGCCAUUGACCACAUCCUCUCCCUGCACCCAGUGUAGUUAGCUUGUCCUUCCGUGGGCAUCAGAGCCUGGAGUCAGAGGCAUGCUGAUUGGCUGAGAGCAUGGGUGAAGCCCUGCCUCUAAAGUGUCAAUCAUAGCCAUGGGCUCCUGGGAAGCCAGCAGCGCCCCCAAGCUGUGCUGUGCUGGAAGAUGCUUCUGUGCUAGUUGAGUUUUGUUCCUGCACUUCCGGGUUAGCCAAGGCCAGGCUGGAGUUGCUGAGUUUCUGAUACAAUCAAAGCCAGACUUGAAUGCUUGCCUACCAGCCUGGCUCUCCAUCCGGGUGACUCUGCUGCAGUGGUCUGGCUGGCUCAGAAAUCUCAAGCAGACUGUUCCUUUUAUGUCAUCCGCCUUUCCACAAAACACCUCUCUCUGUGCAGCACUGCCCUCGUACUCCCCAGCUCUGAAGCAUUCCCCGUUUCAUCCUUCCAGAACAGCUGCCCUGGUCAGAAACAGUUAAGUAUUCAGCAGUGCCAAUGACGUCACAAAGGUGUUAAUGGCGGAAGAUGUCUUAAUACACAUGACCCCUUGAUAAGCUAUUUCAUGGGGUCUUUUGAUGCCUUAACCCAAAGAAGUGACUGAUAAUGAGAACUCAAGACUUUGACAGUUUUGUAUUCAGAGCGCCAAGCACUGUGUCCAACCUUGGGGGCAUUGUCCCUGACUUUCAGGGACCCGAUUUCCAUCCAAGGCUCUAAGAUCUGAUCGUGUAGACAGGUUUCUGUACCACCUAAGAUCACCAUAGCUGUGAGCUAGAUUUGAUGACACAGUGCAUUUUGAGCCCAAACAAGCCAGAUUCCAGAUGCUCCAGCUGCCCUGCCAAUGAUGCCUGUGAACAUUUGGGGGUUACCAACUUAAUCCUGAUACGGGAAGCAUCUGCUUCCCAGUUACAUGGCAUAUGUGGGCAAAUCACAUGCCUCCAGAAUGCCAGACAAUGUGACAACUGCUUUCCUGAUGGGAACACUGAGCUGAGAGGCUACAGGCGCUUCUGAGAAGUCCACAAAACCCCCAUAGUUCUCCAGGUGUCCGCUCAGCUGGACCCUUGUUCAUUCUGAGAGUUUUGAGAGGCAAGCCAAUGUGGCAUUCUCUGUGCUGUGUGUUUUUGCCGAGCCCACUCUUGCCUCGUUCUCUUUAAGAUGCCAAAUGUACCCGAAUAUACAAAGCCGCAGUGGGUGCCGGGCAGGCUCUGGCAAGUGGCACAGGAAACCGCACAGCUGAUGCCUACAGGAGGACACUGACUCAGUCAGCAUGGAAGAGGCCAGAAGUUCAAGAUCAAGUUGUCAGAGGACUGAUCUCUGAGGCAUCUGCUCCUGGCUUACAGAUGGCCGGCUUCUUGCUGUAUCCUCAUGUGCUGCACGUGAGGCUGGUUUUUUUGUGUGUGUUUUUUUCAUAUCCAAAUUACCUUUAAAGGACACACCAGGGACUGGGGAUAUAACUCAGUAGAGUCCUUACCUAGCAGGCAUGAAGCCCUGGAUUUGACCCCUCAACACGGUAUAAUCCAGGUGUGGCAGUACACAUCUGUAAUCCUAACACUUGGAAUUCAAGGGAGGAUCUUCAAGGUCAUUCUCAACUACAUAGCUAGUUUGAGACUAACCUGGGCUACAUGAGACUGUGUCCCAAGACAUUUUAAAAUCAGAUAUGGAUUAGAGCUCAUUCUAAUAAAUUCAAUGAUCAGUAUUAAUAACUAUGAAUAUAAUCUUUUAAGUACCCAUGUACAAAUGCAUUCACAUUCUGAGGUACUGGAGGCUGGGGUCUCAGAGUACAAAUCUGGGAGAGGGCACAGCUCAGCCCCUAACGUACAGAUUGCUUUGUACACUGCUCUCCAUCAGUCUCACAAACAGCGGAAGGGAAAGAGAAGGGAAGCCCAGUUUUGCCUCUCGGUUCAGUCCCUGACUCAAUGCUUGGGAAACCCCUUCAGUUCUGAGAAGCUCAGCUGAGACGGCUUCCAUGAAUCCUCCCCACACCCACACCUCCAGUGAUCUAGUCCACACUGUUUUUGUGUGCCAGUUUCUGUGUCUGCCUGUGAACUGAGGGCGACUAGCAGGGCCUGGCUUCCCGCUCCAUCCGCACCCCGCAAUGGCUGUCCUUCGCUUUCGCCACUGUUUGCCAGAGUCUGUUUGGAGACGGCUGAGAGGCAUUUUCAAGCUGCACAGUCGUUUGGAUGUGCUUGACUACAACUUUUGUCAAUGUCAUUAACACCUGCAAUGUACUUUUCUCUCUCUAAAACACUUCUCUCUCACCGUGCUGGGCUUGCUUGUGUACACCUGGGGAAAAAAAACAGAAUCUACUCCUAACUCUAAGCUGACUGCUGACUGUGUAUUGUUAGAGCGUGCUAUCCCCAGUCUAAGGCUGAGCUGUCAAGUCCAAGUGUGUCCCCACCCUGGAAUGGGUCAUGUGCACUUACCGUAGGAAUGGAUCUGGGUCCCUUUCUUCCCCACAAGGGGAUGGGAGAAUGUAUCAACACAUACCACCGUCAUAAUUUCUUUUCCAUCUAUAAACUGUUUUCAAAAACUAUUCAUAGUCUUUCCUUGAUCAAAAUAUUUGUGAAUCACACACUCAAGUGCCUAAACACGACUCUUGUC